AUGGCGGUCGCCGUCGCCGCUGCCCCGAUCUCGCUCACCGACGAGGAUCGCCAGAUGACCGUCGAGCAGUACCUGAAGGCGGCCGCGUCGGAGCGUGCCGCUGCGCUCAAGCGGCACGGCGAGGAGCUCAUCGAGCGGUACGAUGCCGAGUUCAAGCGCGCCCGCAAGGUGCUGCGCGACGCCGCGGUCGAGGCGCAGGCGCGCUCGGCCGACGACAGCGAGCGCGACGACAGCGAGCGCGACGAGGUGCCUCGCAAAACCGCCACCACCUCCGAGCCGUCUGGCAGCAGCGAGCCGUCGGUGGACGCGUUUGCGCUGGUGGGGAUUCGCGGCGUGCACCAGGGGAAGAUCUUCAAGGUCGAGCCGGCGGCGGACAGGAAGACGUGGAGCAUCGGUCGGACGGCGGACAACGACUUUUGCCUCAGCGGCGACGACGAGGUCUCGUCGGACCUCGGCUCGACCAACGGCACCUUCACCACCAACGGCUCUGGCGCGUCCUGCAAGCUCAAGUCGCGCAAGAACCACCAGAGCCCUCACCAAGAGACGAGCCCUUCUGCCGCAGGGUCAACCUUCAAGUGGUGCUACCACUCGGACGCUGUCGAGGUGACGGCACAGGCGGCGAAGAUGGCGUCGCGAACGCAAAAGUGA